AUGGCGAUGGACGCGCCGACCGCAAUCGGUGGCCAGCCACAGAACGCAGAUGCUAUUACGAAACAGACUGGCCAAGACCCAAGCUUGUCACAACAGCACCAUCAACGAGUCCAACAACAACCUCAGUCUGUGGUGAUCGACCUGACGGGAGACUCGCCCCCAUCCAGCCCGCACGUCACAACCCGAGACAAUGGCCACGAAGAACGGCCCGCCAAACGGCGGCGUGUUGCGAUCGCAUCGCGACUCCCACAGUUGCAGUCACGUCCGCAGCCGCAGCCGACGCCAGAACCUCCUCUAUCGCUCAAUGACUGCAUCAAGAGAUACGUUAUUACGGCAUUAGACCGUAAAUUUGACAGCUUUGCUGCUAUCGAGCCGGCUUUUGAUGACCUACUCGACACGCGCAAACUCGGGAACAAGAUAAUCCGAGUAUUCGCUGCCGACACCAUGUUCUCGCGCAAUAUCAUGCAUCGCGAGGCUAUCUUUCUCAGGAGUACCAAGCUCAGCUGCAGACGGAGUCGACCACAUGCGGUGUCGGGGCAGGUCGCAGCAACUGCGGGACAACACGUACGCCUUCCAAUUGCGCACUCUCAUCCUCCUGCACUCGCCCAACAUUCAACACCAGCCCAAACCCCGACUCCUGUGCGGCCGACGCACCUGCCAUCCACCGCAAAGACGCAGGAUGUUUUGCUACCGAAGAUUACCACACCACUUAAGAGAAGUGUCUCCAACACUAAGCUCCGUCCAGCGUUCGGAACGAACCCCGUCUCGCCGCUAGGUUUCCGAUCGCACGCAAGGGCAACGGCCUGGAAAUACAAGAGAUCGGUCAAGCCAGAGCGAGCAUCUAAGGAUGGCGCUGCACGGCACAGUAACAAGGGCACUGGGGCGUGGGCGUCUCUUCCCAAACGCCCAUACCUGGCAUUGCAGGAACGGCGAUCUAUACAAGCAGGAGCUGCGAAGCUCAUCCAUCUUCCUCUCGAGGAGCGAAAGCAAACCGUCUGCUGGCCAUACCAUGUUGACUUUACAGAAGAGGAAGUUGAGGUUGCUCGGCAAGCAGUGCGCAAAUACCUGGCACGGCAGCCUCAGAGCGGCAAGAUGGCUUUGCGAGAGAUACGGCGAUUUGCUAGGAAGCAUCCUGAACACAUUUGCCAACUCGCCAACACUUUUGCUUUGAAGGACGGCCUCUCAAGGAGGGAUCAGGUGUCGAUCAGCAACUUCUUCGAGGACGCCGCUGCAAACAGGGUCAAUCGACACAAGGUAGCUACGCGUCUCGAGCUCGACGAGCUCGAUGAACAGAAUGCUAGAGACCGCAAGCUGGUCAACUUCACCAAUGAGUUUAGGAAGGCUCUUGAGGACGAACUUGAAUCCCGCGGUGAUUGGAACAACUGCGCUGGCGAUAUCAUGACCAUCACCUGGGUCUCGGACCACAGCUUUCUUUGCGGUGCUACUGCCCAUUCUGACUCCCAUAACCAGCAGUACAACAAGCCUGGCAACUUGCUUCUGUAUUCUCCCUCCGACAGCAGGCUCCAAGCAUAUGCGGACCACCGAUUUCCUCGGCCCGUUAUCGAGAGCGGCGAGAACUCUACCGAAGCUAUGCGAGAGAGUCAAGACCCGUGGUUGUAUGCAUCUGUCGUCUCUUCGACAUAUGACGCCACGCGUGACCGGGCUUACACGUCAAGCUUUGACAAGACGGUCAAAAUUUGGAAUGUCGAUAAGUUCGGCGCUCGGAUGGACUGUUUGGGUACUUGGCCGCAUAAAGGCCACGUUAAUUUUGUCGAAGUUUCCAAGCAAAUCGGGUGGGUGGCUACUGCAGCCGACGUUCCCAAUGAGGCCGUAAGGUUGUACGCCGUUAACGACAAAGACAUCUCGAUGAGCGAUUACAUCCCACUGUCCGGGACGCGGGUGUGGAACGAAGACGACAAAGAAACGCAAGCUCCUCAGAAAUGGAGUUACUACCCAGCCACCAUGCGGUGGGGCAUAGCUAAGGACGUACAACACUUUCUCCUUGUCGGUUAUUCGCCUCGCAGCAUCACUGGGGACGACAACGACAUCCCUCUCGAAAAGCGGAACUCGGGCGAGAUUUGUCUAUGGAACUGCAAAACGGGCAAAAGUGUCAAAGUCAUGACAGGCUCAUCCCAGAAUGUGUUCGAGGUCGCCUGGCAUCCGACUCAGCCCUGUUUCAUAGUGGCGAGCUCACCAUUUGGCAAGCACUUUGACGACCGCGUCAAAACGCAGAUUCGUAUUUUCACACCCGCAGAUGUGCCGGAGCUGUAUGGCGCGUUCAACGAGGUCCAGUGCCUCGACUGUCCGGCUUCCGACAUUAACGAGCUCACUAUCAUGCCUUGCAGUCUGUCCUGCUGCUACAUCACGGCUGCAGCUACGGACGGGAAUGUCUAUGUCUGGGACACUGCACGCGGUGAUAACCCCAUCCACGUGCUUCGGCAUGGCAGUCCCAUCGGUGAUGACGUCGGAAACGACGAUACAGGCGUCAAGUUUACUGCCUGGGGAACAUCACAAGACCGGCUUUACACUGGAGGGUCCGACGGUAUGGUGAAAGCGUGGAACAUUAGGAACCGUAAGAAACCUCUCGUUCGCGAUCUUUUACAAGUCGACGCUCCCAUCUCGUCCGGCGUCUUCUCGCCGAACCGUGCGAAACUCGCCAUUGGCGAUGCAAGCGGACGCGUCUCGCUGCUGUCCGUCGACAAGGCCGACGACCAGCCUGCCAAGUACAUCCAAAUCCCUCCAGCAACGCAGUCCCUUGUCCACACUACAGCGCGGUCAAUCCGGGUGCCUAAGAACUUCACACCCCAUCCCACCCCUCCACCCCCUGCCGGGACAGAGUCGGAGUCGGGCAUCGAUCGAGCCCGGGCCUACAUAGCGCAGGGUAAUCUCCAGAUCCACCAGAACAGGUGCAUAGGCGCCGUCCAGGGACCCGCCUACGCCGCCCUCGGUUUCUAUCGCGACGAGCUCCACAAGGACGGCGACCACAACCAGCCGCUGCUCGCCGCCACCGACGCCAAGCAGCAGGAAAACCAGACCAUGUUCCGCAGCUCGGGCCGCGUGCGCAGGCUCCGCGGCCUGGAUCCCGCAUCUCCGCCCCUGAGCCAGCAACACCAGCGCAACCAGGCUUUAGUCCUAGACCUUCGGGCCCUCCCCGAGUCGACACAGCUCGAGCUCGCGAUGGAAGGCGUUAAGCUCGACGAUCCGUUGGAGGCUCAGGACUGGGAUUUCGAGUAUGAGGAAGAGUAA